GCCAAAUCACCAAAGGGCGUUUUCGUAGAUUCCUCGAAAAGCAAGGGCACAGGUUUCCCGACUUUACUGCUCUAUAGCAACACACUGAAGCUUUGCCUGCCUCUAGUCGUUCAGUACCGGAGAGAGAGAGAGAGAGAGAGAGAGAGAGAAAUGUGCCCCACGAAGCAGAAGCACAGGGCUGCCAGCGCGUCGGCCGCUACCGCCACCAGAUCCUCCUCCGCGGCCGCCUUGGCUGUCGCGGAGACCGCCGCUACGACCACAGCGGAUUGGAGAGAAGAAGCAAUCAACGGAGGAUCUCUGCGCCACGUGGACCUGCACACUGGAUCCAACGGCUGGGCUUCACCGCCGGGCGAUCUCUUCUUCCUCAGAGGCAAACACUACCUCUCCAAGAAACAAAAAUACCCCUCCGGCGACUGGCUUCUCAAGCCCGCAGGCGUCGACUGGCUACGCGCCUCCUCCAAACUCGAUAACGUACUCGGCCGCCCCGACAACCGCGUGGUCCACGCCCUCCGGAAGGCCCAGACCCAAGCCCAAACGCAGGCCCACAAAACCUUCAUCGUCGCCGUCAAUCUCCAGGUCCCCGGUAGAGACCACCACAGCGCCGUUUUCUACUUCGCCACCGACGACCCCAUUCCGCUCGGUUCGCUCCUCGGCCGAUUCGUUCACGGCGAUGACUCGUUCCGGAACCAGCGGUUCAAGAUCGUAAACCGGAUCGUGAAGGGUCCGUGGAUAGUGAAAGCCGCUGUAGGGAACUACAGCGCAUGCUUGUUGGGGAAGGCCUUGACGUGCAAUUACCACAAAGGUCCUAACUAUCUGGAAAUUGACGUCGACAUCGGCAGCUCCGCUAUAGCCAACGCCAUUCUCCACUUGGCGCUCGGGUACGUGACCAGCGUCACUAUCGACAUGGGGUUUCUGGUGGAGGCGCAGGCUGAGGAUGAGCUGCCGGAGAGGCUCUUUGGGGCUGUUCGGAUUUGUCAGAUGGAGAUGUCGUCGGCGAAGUUCGUUGAGGCGUCGCUGUCAUCGCCGUCGCCUGCUGUGGCGAAGAAGUUUGGGUUGGCAAAGGUCAACCACCACAGGUCUGAAGACGAGGAUGCUGAUGAAAACGCAUGUUGAUUUUGAUCUGGGGAAAUCUGCUGAACUGUUUGGUUGGUAGGAAAAUAAAAUGGGGUUGAGGUGUGUUCCCCCACUUCAACAGAUAUUGGGCGGUGGGUUCACUUUUUUCGGAGGCUUGGAAUGGUGGGUGAAGCAUCAAAACGUAAGCAUGGCACUACAAACAUCGUUGGACUCAUGUGUCAUUCAUCGACAAAAGUGGCUGGGCGGCGUGGCGGCGAUCUGCCGUGGUGAUAAAGCGACGGCUGCGAUGUGGCGGUAGUGGGGACGGGGAUGGAGCAACGGCGGUGAAGCGUGGGGGGUCAUGGUGGCGUUAGGGUGCACGUGUUUGAUGAAUUGACGCUGAAAUUAGAAAAGAAAAGAGAAUGGUACGGCGGUGAGCUGUGUACAGGGCAUUCUGCAAUUAUUAUAGUUGGACCGGCCUGUCACGUGGGAUCUCAAUUUUUCGGUAAUAACUAUUUUUUAGACUCGUGUUGUAUUCUGUGGUGCUUGGUUAAAAUUUACACACUCGUGCGGUGUGUAAAAAUUGAACUUAAAAUUUCGUGUAUAAAUGAUGAAAAGUAAAAUGCGCGUAAAUCUGUUGCGGUAAAUUUCAUCAGAUCACCGCCAAGCCCGAAUAAUAGUCAUGUACCCUUCCAUUAACGUUGGUGAUCUCAAGAUUUUACGAUCGAUUCUACGCUUACGAUUUGACUAUUAAAUUAUCAGGAUAGAUUAAUGGGCUAGUGAUUAUGUUUGUGAUUA